AUGGUCCGAUAUCCGAAACCUAAAAAUUCUAGUCACAAGACAUGCAUCAUCACGAUUGUUAUUAUCAUUGUGGCCAAAGGUCUAUUCGCUGAAAUUCAUAAUACAAUUUCAAUGAUUGGAUCAUCUGAAGAAGUCGUGUUUGUCACGAUUCGAAAUCUAUUUAGUUGCGGAAAGGUACUCAUUAAUAUUGGGAUUAGACGAUAUGGAGGCACAUCAAUACCUCCUAAAAAUAAUACUUCGUGGUUACAUUGA